AUGCAGCGUCCGCCCUCUCUUCCGGAGUCUUUCAACAUUCUCCUCUCCUCGUCCCAACCCCGUUACCUGGACCGACCUUCAAUCCCAGGCCUCUUGUCACGGUCCCAACCGUGGCCCCUGUACCCGAUAUCUCCUAUGGCUCUUCUACCUUUACCACCUGCUCAAGGCGAUAAGCACCAAUUUUGGACCGAUCCUAUCCUUUGCGAGGAAACUCGAGCUAGAUUGAAACAUUUCCGCAGUCUUGGAUGGCUCCCUCCAAAUUUCAAGCCAGGAACUCUGAUAGGAAUUGCCGUCGUCGAACGGUCCUGGCGGAAGUGGAAGAUCAAGCGAUUUACAUGGAUUUUUUCGACUGGAUGUUCAAGACAUCACGAAAGAAAGCACUUCAAUCAUAUGACGAAUACUAGCGCCAUCUUUGUCAAUACUACAAAUACCUCCCUACCCGGCAACUCUUCUACGAGCAGGCGUAAACAAAAUCAUAUUUUUCAGAGUGAUCUUCCGAAGCACAUUCCCAGCAUUUGUCAAUAUCGAUCUUACGCCAGAGCCUAUCUAGUGUCUUCGAGUUCCGAAAAGAAGUUCCUCCCUCCCGCUUUGUUAGAAGCCCGAGGUUCUCAAUAUACCCCUCCGACGUUUUAA